ACAUCGACAAGGCAAAAAAAAAAAAAGGUUUCCCCACGGUUCGCGUAACAAUGCAUUUCCUCAUAUAAUUCGGAAUAUUUAUCAAAUAUAUAUUAAAAUGGGUGACACUAUCGAUGAGGCGCCCACACCGACGCGACGCGAUAAGCCGCAAAGUUUGAACAUUAGCCAGGAGGAGGCGGCAUCCUCAUCGGAGGCGGCGGCGGCGGCAUCCUCCUCGACCAUUCUCAUUCCCGCCUCACGCAGUCCGCGCACCAAAAUUCGACUCGCGGAACGCGAACAAAAACGCGAUCACUCGGCGGAUGGACUGGGCACCACGGCCAGCUGUCGGGAGGAAUUCGUUGGGCUCGAGGCCGCGCCGCGUCGCGAGAGUCUGAACAGCUGCGAGGCGAGCAGUCCCGGCACUCUAUCCACCAGUCUGGGCAAGACGAGCCGGCUGAACUCCACCAGGUACUCGUCCGGCGUUACGGGCAGCGUCAGUGGCAGCAUAUUGGGUGGCCUCAUGGGCGGCACCGGCACCACCACCCGCAAGUGCGUCCUGACGCUGGACGGGUACUCCUACGUAAUAGUUGCCAGCACGCCGGAGAGUUUGCCCAGCAAGCGAGACGAGGCCAGUAGUGCCACCGGCAGCAGCAGCAACAGCAGCGUUGGUGGUGCGGCGUCAGGUGGUGCCGUUAGUGGAGCAGCGAGCGGUGCAGCCAGUGGUGGAGCUGGAGCUGGUGCAGGUGCAGGUGCAGGAACAUCAACGCCGGGCCACGAAGCUGCCGGCAGUCCCACAGUCUCCGAGCUCGUUGGAAUUGGCCCAAAUGCGACAAUAAAUGGUCAAGUGGCAAGACACGGCUCAUUGACCAUUAUUCGACGCACGAAUAGCCGAAAUUUCACACAGAUUGACGCUGCACAGCUCACCUCGCCCUCGACAACAGCCUCCGGCAGCGUCAGCUUCGCCCAGGCACCGCUCAGUGAACCACUUGCCGAGCGUCUGAGCACCUCCAGGCACCUGUCCGGUGCCAACGGAUCAGCCCGCACCGCCAUUGAGCAGCAGGGCAGCAGCAGCAGCAACAGCAACAGCAACAGCAGCAGCAGUCAAUUGCAUUCAGUCGCCGCAGCCCACAGCAAAAUGCAGCCCUCGUCGCCGAACGCGUCAAACUAUUUGCCCGAGAAUACGCAGAUCUCGUCGGCUAAUCCGUCAACAACCGAUAUAAAUGUGGGUCGCGAUUCCUUGGAAUAUUUCACUAAUCAAUCGCUUAAUCCCACCGCCCAUCCCUCGAUGUCACGGGAAAAUGACAAUCCGCAGUCGCAUCAUUCGUUCGAGACCACUUCGAAUUUAUCGUUCGGUGCGAUACAAUGGGAAACCGAAAGCCUUCCGCCAGUCGAUACGCCAGAUGCCCUUAACAAAGCGGCUGGGAGAAUACGUAGUCUUCUCCGCCGCAUGGAUCACGAGACCGUCGCCUAUGAGGACAUGCAGCGCAAUCUGCAUUAUGCGGCUCGUGUACUCGAAGCUGUCUUCAUAGACGAAUCAAGAAGCCCCACAACAGGUAAAACAAAAUUGGGGCAGAUUGCGUCUUCAUCCGUUGAGAGCGAAGACAGCGAGUCGGCCGCCCGGCAGCGUUGCAACGGUAACUGCAAGAAUCUCAACUGCAGCCAACACAGCCACAGCCACAGCCGCGACCAGACGCACACGACAGUAACCGGCGGCGGAGAGCUGCAGCAGCAGCAGCAGCAGCAGGAUAACAACAAUUCCAACAGCAGCUGCUGCCUGCAGAAGAGGUCAGUGGAGGAGGAGCAAGAGCAGGAGGCACAGCCGGCUGGAACAACAACUGACAAUCAGGCGAGCAUAGAGAGUCGCACCAAAGGCGUCUCUAUGGCACCACAAACGCACAGCGGGCCAACGGGUCCGCCACCGACAGCGCCUGGCAGCGGCGCCGAAGAGGUGACAAAAACAGUGCCAGCACUCGAAACCGUGACAGAAUCAGCUCUGGAAGAGCACCACUCCAUGGAAACGAUGACAAAGCCUGCAGCGACAGAUACAAGUGCUGCUAUACCUGCUCCUCCGGCUGUACCCACCAGCAGCGCGACGGCGACGGCAACGACAACCAGUGGCAGCAGCUCCACUGGAGAGGCGGUUGCGGCUGAAAGUGUUUCCAGCAGUAGCAGUUGCAGUAAUAAAGCGACCGUGCACCGACAAAGACGCCUGCGUACACCGGUCUGGGCGAGAUCUAUGUCGACGAAUAAAACGCGCCUGGCCGACGAGGAUGAUGAACUAUCGGAGGUGCAACCGGAUGCAGUGCCACCGGAGGUACGCGAGUGGUUGGCCUCCACAUUUACGCGCCAGAUGGCCACCAGCCGCCGCAAGAGCGACGAGAAGCCCAAGUUCCGUUCGGUGGCCCAUGCCAUACGGGCUGGCAUAUUUGUGGACCGCAUUUAUAGACGCGUAUCCAGCUCGGCACUGAUGCAAUUUCCGCCCGAUGUGGUCAAGCUGCUUAAGAACCUAGACGACUGGACAUUCGAUGUAUUUGCGCUGACGGAGGCGGCCAGCGGCCAGGUUGUCAAAUAUGUGGCCUACGACCUGUUGAAUCGCUACGGAGUGAUACACAAAUUUAAGAUAGCGCCCGGUGUGCUGGAGGCCUUUCUGCAUCGCGUGGAGGAGGGCUACUGCCGCUACCGCAAUCCCUAUCACAACAAUUUGCACGCCGUGGAUGUGAUGCAGACGAUCCACUAUUGUCUGUGCAACACGGGCCUGAUGAACUGGCUGACGGAUCUGGAGAUAUUCGCCUCGCUGCUGGCCGCCCUGCUGCACGACUACGAGCACACGGGCACCACCAACAACUUUCACGUGAUGUCCGGCUCGGAGACGGCGCUGAUGUACAAUGACCGAGCGGUGCUGGAGAAUCAUCAUGUGAGCGCCAGCUUCCGGCUGUUGCGGGAGGACGAGUACAACAUUUUGUCGCAUUUGUCGCGCGAGGAGUAUCGCGAGAUGCGCACCUUGGUGAUUGAUAUGGUGCUGGGCACCGACAUGACCAAUCACUUCCAGCAGAUGAAGACAAUGCGCAAUCUGCUGACGCUGCAGGAGGCGACCAUUGACAAGUCGAAGGUGCUGUCCCUGGUGCUGCACUGCUGUGAUAUCUCCCACCCGGCCAAACAGUGGGGCGUCCAUCAGCGCUGGACAAUGCUGCUGCUGGAGGAAUUCUUUCGCCAGGGUGAUCUCGAGAAGGAGCUCGGUCUGCCCUUCAGUCCGCUCUGCGAUCGCAACAAUACGCUCGUCGCCGAGUCGCAAAUCUGUUUCAUUGACUUUAUUGUGGAGCCCAGCAUGGGCGUCAUGUCCGAUAUGCUCGAGUAUAUACUGGCGCCGAUUGCGCCCGUUCUCAAGACGAAGCCAUUACCUUUGCUGGAGCAAGAGCCCAGCCUGCUGGGCUCCCGGCCCUCCGACCGUCGCAACGAUGAGAAGUCCUCCGAUUGCAGUGCCCCGCCCAUGGCACGUAAGAGCCUGACCGGCGGCACUGUUUCCAAGUUUGUAAUACCCAAGCCCUGGCUUCUAUGUCUCGCCGAAAACAAAAAGAUCUGGAAGGAGCAGGCCAUCAAAGAUGCCGAGAGUCGUGCUUUAGCCACCGCUGCAGAGGAAGCCGCUGCAAAUGCCGCGGAAGAUGGGGACAAGCCUGCAGCGGAAACGGAAGCUGGCGGCGAGGAAACAGCAACAGAGGCGGUGGCAGAGACGGCGGCGACAGCGGCAGAUGGUGCUGCAGACACCUAAGCGCCACACACACAUAGCACAUAAGAAAAAUAAAUAAAUAAAUACAACAAAAAAAAAUAAAAAUUAGCAAGCACACAACAGAAAAGAAAGAAAAAAACAAAACCACAAUUCCAAAAGAACAAAAUAAAAUGGUAAAAUGUUAAAUACGCUUAGAAGCAACUUAGAAAAUAUGAUUAAUACAAAACAAAACAAAACAAAAAACGCUUCAGA